GCCGCUGCGCGAGCGAUCGAUGGCGGGACGCGGGGCGCAGAGCGGGGGCGUGGCGGCGGGGGCGGCGCGCGCUCGCCAUUGGCCUGCCGGCGCCCACGCGCUCCGCCCCCUCGGCGCCGUCGCCCGCGAUACCCGCUCAGUGCCUCGCGUGCCGUCGCAUGUUGCGCACGUAUUGCGCGUUUUAAUUCCGCGUAACAUUGCAGAUGCGAGUUCGACACUGAUAAAAAAAAUGCCCGCCGAGGACGAACCCGGGGCGGCGAUGGAGGGCCGCGAAACCGCCGAUGGGUCUCCCCAGCAGUUCUGCUUGAGAUGGAACAAUUACCAAAGCAACCUCGCCAACUGCUUCGACCAGCUUCUUCAGACGGAAUCUUUCGUGGACGUCACCCUCGCUUGUGAAGGACAGAGCCUGAAAGCCCACAAAGUGGUCCUGUCCGCCUGCAGCCCGUAUUUCCAGACGCUCUUCAUGGACAAUCCAUGUCGGCACCCCAUAAUAAUAAUGCGCGACAUAAAGUAUUGCGAUCUGAAGGCGGUCGUGGACUUCAUGUACCGCGGGGAGAUAAACGUUUCACAAGAUCAGAUCACGGCGCUACUGAAGGUGGCGGAGACGCUGAAAAUCAGGGGUCUGACGGACGUGAGCGGGGAGCACGCGGUGCUGCGGCCAGGCGGGCCGGAGAGGGCGCCGAAGAGGCCGGUGAGCCGCGAGGGGGAGUCCCCGGCGAAGGUCCGGCGUCGAUCGGUGGAGCGGAGCCCGGGCCCGAGCCCGCGCCGCUCGCCGAGCACGCCGGCCGAGCUGCUGGGCGACCACGCGGCGCACACGCCCGCGCCGCCGGCGCCGCUGCUGACCGAGGACGUGGACAUCCGGCCCGGCAUCGCUGAGAUGAUCCGCGAAGAGGAACGGGCUAAGUUACUGGAGAGCUCGCACGCAUGGCUGGGGGCGUCCACGUCAUCUAUCGCAGCAGACAGCUACCAGUACCAACUUCAGUCAAUGUGGCAGAAGUGCUGGAACACGAACCAGAGCCUGGUGCACAACCUGCGGUUCCGCGAGCGCGGGCCCCUCAAGUCCUGGCGGCCGGAGACCAUGGCCGAGGCCAUCUUCUCCGUGCUGAAGGAGGGCCUGUCGCUGUCGCAGGCGGCGCGGAAGUACGACAUCCCCUACCCGACGUUCGUGCUGUACGCCAAUCGCGUGCACAACAUGCUGGGGCCCAGUGCCGACGGCGGCGCAGAUUUGAGGCCAAAGGGGCGCGGGCGGCCGCAGCGCAUCCUGCUGGGCGUAUGGCCCGACGAGCACAUCCGCGGCGUCAUCCGCGCCGUCGUCUUCCGCGACACACACGCGCACACCACGCACCACAUCAAGGAGGAGACAUUGCCUGUCUAUCCCGCAAUCACGGAUGGAAUCACGGUGCCAAAUGCUUACGGCCCUGUAGCGUGCGGUAACGGGCGAGAGGGGGGCGUAUCCCCUAACGCGGCCGCCGCUGCCGCCGUGGCCGCCGUGGCGCACGGCCUGCGCCGGCAGAUGUGCAACAUGGUAGUGGCAGCGCAGCGGCCGCCCGACCACCCGCCGCACCUGGGCCUGCCCCCACUGCCGCUGCAAUCGCCGCGGCUUCCGUCACCGCUGUCGGCAGGUCUCGAGUCGCCGCUGUGCUCCCCGCCCCCGCCGGGUCACGCGUUGGAACCUCCAAAACCGACCGAUCCAUUCCGACCCUUCGCUUCACCGAGACCUGAUAGCCGCUACGACCGCGACGUCGCAGAGAUUACAGAGAUGGGUCCUCCGAAGACCCCCAUUCCGCUCGCGAAAAACGGCAAAGAGCUGUCGUCACCGGUCCCGGUGAAGAUGGAGCCGCCGCCAGCGGAGGCGCGCGCGGAGAAUAUCUGAAGCGAGGCGGCGGGCGCGGCCCCGCAGACACCGCCGACCGCACCGGUCGGUGUGCCGCCGCCGCUGCCCGCUUAUCCGUAUUUCGUUCCCAACCGCAACUCUGUCGGAUACUUCUAGAUAUUCUAGAUGCGACUGAAUGUGGCGGCGCAUUCCAUGUCUCAAAGCAUGAGACCAUCCGACCGGUCGAGAGUAACGGAAUAAUGUUGAUUCAUAUUUAUUUUCAAGUGGACUCGCUGUGCAAUAUAAUGCUUGUUGUUUAGUUAUUCAAUUUUCUAUUAAGCUUAUUUUAGUUUAAUCAUAUUUUGUUUACUUUGUGGUUUAUAUAGUUGUGUUCCAGUGAUAUUUUGAAAUAAAGUUUCGGCAAUAUCUGUAAAGGUGGGUCACAGGCCGAGGACGCCGCAGUAAUUUGAAGGCAACAAAAAGCGCAGUUGAAGUGGUAACUGUCUCGGUCGCGGCUCCACCUCGCUGUUUUAUUAUUAUCUACUCAUAAGUAGAAUGUCAAAUGUACUGUGUAAGCUUAAAUUUACUAUUUAUCGAUACAAAUUAGACGCAAUCUUGAGUGUAGGGAAAUCAAAAUUUUAAAUAUUUGGCCCGAUUCAAAAAAGACUGUUCGGUAUACCUAUUCAUCAAAAUAUGUGUAAGACAAAAAUUAAAUAGUAUUAGAGAUAAUGUUACAAAAAAUGUAGAUGUAUCCUUUCGUCAUCAGAUCGAUGUCAAUUUAUCAACCAGCAGUGGUAGCGGGCACUGCGGCGGUGGCUGGGCGCUGCCGCCCGCCCCUGCCGCCCGCGCACCCUCGCUCGCCGCUCAGCUUGCCCGUGCUCGGCUUGCCCAUUAGCUUAAUGUUAUGCCAUCUCCUUUGCUCUAGUUACAUUUUUUUAUUCACUGCCUAUACGCUCGAAUCCCAAACAAAACGCCAAAACAUGUGUUAACAGUAAGUUAACACAUUCAGUGCCAGCGCGAGCUACGCGCUACGAAAAGCGCCUACGAACAGAGAACCCGCAUAGCGAGUCACUGGCAGUGAAUGUGAAUUAUAAAGAAGAGUUUGAAUUAUGCAGAGAAAACAAAAAAAAUUGAUUACAUUAACGGUUUUGAAGUAAAGAAUUCCUAAAUACUCACUGACAGGUGUAACGAAACCACGUACGUUUUCUGGGAAUGUGUACGCGUGCGUUUUAUUCCUUUAAAUUUUCAGUCGACUUAAGCGGGCUUCCUCACAUUUCAUAAUUUCAUUAAACAACACACUAAUUCAUUCAUGUUGACAGUAACAAAAUGGUAGAAUAUAAUCAUAACUAAUUCUUGUUGGUCAAUAGGAGUAUAAUAAUAGUCCAGGAAGUGACUACCGAUGAAUACAUAUUUCAUUUUACCUAUAAAGUAAAAAUAGCUAUUACAAUGGGAGACAAGUAUGGCGAGUGGCAGCUUACUCGCUCCGGCCGAGCGGGCGAGCGGCGCGGUAGACUUAGUGAUCGCCAAAUGUAAAAUAGAUGUAUGAUUAGCAAGUAGUGACGUUCCAAAUGUUAGGCUAACUUAGACGUGCAGGGCUCCGUACAUCUCCUCACAUUAAUGCCCCUCCGGGGCCGCUUGUUCAUUCACCGUUAUUGUUUUCACAUUGGGCAAUGUCCAUUCCGCGUUACAUUUCAACUUGAUUUGCGUCGGUUAACGUGCGGAGGCAGGAGCCCGAUUAGUUGUAAGAGCACAAUCGCCAACCAUUGGAUGUUAAACAAUUCGAGCGUCUGCUGACCUACCUAUGUGUAGCUAGAUUAAACAUUUCAAGUUUCUUAGAUUAGCUUAAUGUAUGUGACUAUUAGUAGCGAUCAGUCAGAAUAAAUUAAAAUAACGGCGACGACAUAUUUAAUAUUCGAUCUUGAAUUGAUUCGCCAGUAGAGUCGGCACUUCGGCUGCGCCGGAGCGACUCGACUGCUCUGAGGUGUAUAUGUACAAAUUUUGUUUUAUCGAUGACUUCCUGGACGCAAAGUUGCUUUGUUUCAUAGUUUUGGUGGGAAAUUGUUAGAGUACGGACCUUCUUGCCGCAAGGGUAUACCAUGAUUUAGAAACGUUCGUUGGCGGACAUUCGAGGCGUUCAGCGGGGCGGCUUCGACCCCGGCGCGGACGCGUAAGCAUGUAAAAUAAGUCUCCAAGUGGCCUUGAUACUUCACUAUUAUUUGGGAUUUGGAUUAUCGAUUCGGUUCAAGUUUGGAAUUAGUAUAUAAAAAAGACCAAAUUAUUAAAAAGUACAUUUGCGAUUCAGAUCUAGUGUUGAAACUAUUUGGCUAUCCUUUUGGAAAUAACGUUUAAUAUAGGAAAAAGAAAGUUAUAUAAUGGCCUAUACGUUUCGGAUGAAUUGCGUAAAUUUUGGUAAAUGUUACUACGCAUAUUUUCUAUUGUCUAAGUCUAGGCUAAUGUGUUCAAAAAAGUAAUUUAAAAUUUUUGAAAAAAGUAGAAAGUGCCUUCCAAAUUUUUGACCACAGUAAGUGUCGGGACGGAUGCGGCGAAGAUCGGACGAGGCACGCACAUCGCGGCGCGCGCUGCGAGUAGGUGCGCGCUCGCCGCGAGUCGCGCGCUCUCACGUGCUUAACUAUAAAAACGUUAGACUAAUAAAAAUUCAAAAUUAUUAUAUAAAAAAUAAAUACAUAUGACUAUUAUUAUAGAAAAAUAUAAAUAAAAUUAUAUAUUUGGCCGAUGUGGUUAUACCCUGACAGGCAAGCGUUAGCUGAAUAUUCGGCAUCAAAAUUAAUUCUAUAUUUUUCUUUGUAUACAAUCACCUGAUUCCAUUGAGAAACAAUGCAGACAUAGCAAAGUGCCAUUCGUUUGAACUGAAUCUUUAAAGGUUCAUUUCGUAUCACGUGGAUUCUGUAGUUAUAAUUAAACUUUAAUUAAUUUAUUGUACUGGUAAAAGUAUAUACAUUUCGAUUACAUAAAUAAGUAACUAUGUUAUUUUCGUGAUAGAUAAGUAAAAUUUACUGGUAGUAUUAUUGUACACAGUUAGACGAACAGUGAACGUAAAUGUGCGCGCAGCUGCCGCCGACGACGCCGGCGUCGAGCCGAGCCAGUGUCGGGUCUCGGCGUGGCUCCUCGCUUCUGUUAUCCUACGCGCAGAUGUUUGAUUUAUAUUUAACCAACGUACCUAAUGUGCUAUUUGUCAGAACCGGUUUCUUUGAUACUUGAGCUCUUACUAAUAAAAAAUAUUUCUCAGUCACAAUGUCUGGCAGAAAUGUGGCACAUGGCAAAACCUGCGUGAUAGCCAGUCUUUAGCCUAAUGUAUGUAUAAGUACCUAUAGUAGUUUGUGCACUUGUUAAACCUGUACAUAAGCUAUGAGUAAGAGAUGGAUCCCAUUCUCGUUUGGUUUUCACUCUUACAUUUAACUUUUGGUAAGAUAAAGGAUUGGUGUAGUGUUACGUUUAAUAUUAUUGGUCCGGAAACCUGCUGCUGGCAAAAGGGCACCCGGCGGCCCGGCUCGCUGGCUCCACAGGACCUGCCAGAGCGCUAGUCACUCUCCCGAGCACAUUUACGUUCACUGUACGAAGGGUGGUUUUGGUUAGAAUAUACAAUGUAUACAUGUUAGACAUUAAUUUAAAAUAUCCAUGAUGAAUAUGAUGACUAGCAAAGCACCAGCGAGCGAAGCUCCGCUGCUGGCGCUACAUGACAACAUGAUACUAUUAUUAUCCCUUCUUAUCUCAUUUGUGAUAAUAAAAACUAAAAUAUUUUUAAUAUAAAGAACAAUUAUCCUUUCUCAAAAUGUUCCCUUUGUAAAGAACACUAUUGCUAAGUUUAACUGUAUAUCACAAUGUAUUAUUUAUUUCUUUAGUUUAAAAGAACAUAAUUUUUUAAGCCGUUGUGGGCUCAAAAUAAAUACUUAUUUGUAAUUAAAAUAAAUACCUACCUGUGUUGCAAAACACACAAUCAAAUGUGGAAAUUUACCAAAUAGAGACAAGAUUGAUUGUCCGAUAUUAUUUCUCGAUUAAUAUGACCCGCUUAGUUAAGUAGUGAUUUUGAUGAUGGUAGGUAUUAAAACCUACAUAAGUUUUACCAUUAUUGCUUUCAGUGCAACAAAAGAUUUUAGAUUGCAUAUCAUUACAAGUAAAUAUUGGGUUCUCCUGCGAUGUUAAUAUAAACAUUCUUAAAAUGAUUGGUGAAAGCUGUGAUAGAGCAAAGUAUUUCUUCUUUAGUGGAAUGUCGUAGUAGCCGAUAUUGACCCGUACAAGUAUCGUAUUGACUGCCCUUCGCCCUUCAGCGAGCCACAGCCGCAGGCCGCGAGCUGGUCAGUUUCGAGCCAGCACACCCAGUGUAAUAUUACUAAUAUCCAUAGUACCUACCUCAUGUCACAGGAGAAUCCACACCGAAACACUGAUGUUUUAAAAAUGGUAUCGUCACUUUAAAAGAAACAAAUACGUCUUUGUUCAUUUAUUAUUGUAAUAUAGAAGAUGAUAUAGGUCGCUAUAAUUAUCGUCGUUAUAGAAAUUAUGUUACGGUUUCAAUUAAAAGUUGUUAAGAUUUUUCUUAUUUUCAACACCUGUGUUCCUUAUUAAUUAGUUUUCUAUUAUUAUUAUUUUACAACAUAUCUUUAUUAACGGCUUAGUUACUAUCGAUGAGUAUAGAAUGUAUUGCAGUUGCUAACCAGCGUUGUGUUGACCGAACGGAACGGACGUUUUACAAUUUUCUCUGGAAAAUAUUACCUCAGUUAUUAACUUCCAUUUCGUUACACCUAUAUUUGUUUAUUAUUUUCUGAUUUGUGUGACAGACACAACAAUUGUAAUGAUAGCGCUAACUUUUAUAUCCUGUAUAGAAGAGGCACCUAUCAUAAGUUUUUUGUUUUUUACAUUAGUACCUAAACCUCUCAUAGAUUACUUUAAAAAUUAUUGAGAUAUUGUAUAAUAGAUUCGGGUUUGUUCGUUCGGCCAGACACAAUCUUAACCAAAUUUUUAUCGGUAUCUGUGUCAAGUACAAUUAUUAAUAAAUAUUGGUGUUUAACAGUUUAUAUAAAUCGAUGUAGUUCACAAUUUCGCCGUGUCAACGUUCAGUCUUUUAGUGAUCAGAUCAUUCAUAAAUUUAAUCUGUAUCUUUGUCUCAAACGAUUACUUUUAGUGAUGUAAAAUGUUUAAGUUCGUUAUUGUCACCGUGUACCGUUGUCUGAAUGAAUACAUAAAAAUAGAGCAAAAUAA